AUGAUGUGUAAUGGUGAAUUUAUGAAUAAGGAACCAGAGGAAGCCUGGGACUAUUUUGAUCUGUUGGCAGAAAAUGCACAGGCUUGGGAUACAAUAGAUAAGAACGAGAAACCUAAAAUACCGACUAAUACUAAAGGAGGAAUGUAUCAUGUUAAAGAAGAAAAUGAUGUAAAUUUAAAGAUUGCUAAUCUAACUAGGAAGGUUGAAGCCAUUGAAUUAAGCAGAGCCAAUACAGGAAAGGCACCUACUAUAGAUGAAAGUAUUUGUGAAAUCUGUGAGAGUAAUGCACACUUAACCAAGGAUUGUCCUACAAUCCCCGCCUUCCAAGAAGUGUUGCAUGAUCAAUCUUAUGCCAAAUUUUUAAAAGAUCUUUGUACCAUAAAGCGAAAGCUUUAUGUACAAAAGAAAGCUUUUCUAACUGAACAGGUGAGUGCUAUUCUCAAACACAAUACCCCACCUAAAUAUAAAGAUCCUGGUUGUCCUACCAUAUCUUGCAUCAUAGAAAACUUCAGGAUACAACGAGCCCUUCUGGAUUUAGGUGCUAGUGUUAACUUACUGCCCUAUUCAGUUUAUGAACAGUUAGGACUUGGCCGCCCAUUUCUAGCUACUUCCAAUGCUUUGAUUAACUGUCGAAAUGGAAUAAUGAAAAUGUCAUUCGGGAAUAUGACUAUAGAUUUUAAUAUAUUUAACAUUUGUAAACAACCCGAUAAUGAUAACGAAAAUGAUGAAAUUCAUGGAGUUAAUCUGAUCGAUUCCAUUGUAGAAGAUGCUCUUGUCCCAUCUCUUUCUUCUGAUCCUUUAGAAACAUGCCUAACUCAUUUCGGAAAUACAGAUAUCAACCAAAACUUUAGAGAAAUCAGUACUAUAUUAGAUUCAGCUCCUUUGUUGGAUACAGAUAGGUGGAAAUCUCGUUUUGAAGAAUUGCCCACACGCAACAAUAGUCCUCUACCAUCUAGUGUUCAAGCACCUAAACUUGAGCUAAAACCUUUGCCAUCUGAGCUCAAGUACGCAUACCUUGGUCAAGAAGAGACUUUUCCUGUGAUCAUAUCAUCCCAACUCGAACAAAAUGGCUAUUCAGGUUACAACCAAAUUGCAAUUGAUCCUGAAGAUCAGGAAAAGACCACUUUUACAUGUCCUUUUGGCACAUUUGCUUACAAGAGAAUGCCUUUUGGAUUAUGUAAUGCUCCUGCAACCUUCCAAAGAUGCAUGCUCAGUAUUUUCUCCGACAUGGUUGAGCGCUUUUUGGAAAUCUUCAUGGAUGAUUUUUCAGUUUUUGGCUCCUCUUUUGAAAACUGUGUGGACCAUUUAAGACUAGUCUUAAACACUGACCACGCUGCCCUUAAGUACCUUCUUUCAAAAAAGGAUGCUAAGGCGCGUUUAGCUUGCGGUGGUCAUUUCUCUGGUAAGAAAACGGCUGCAAAAAUUUUACAGUGCGGUUUCUAUUGGCCCACCUUGUUCAAAGAUUCUCAUAACUUUUGCAAAGCUUGCGAGCGUUGUCAAAAGUUAGGUGGGAUAACUCGUAGGAAUAUGAUGCCCCUCAACCCAAUUUUAAUUAUCGAAAUAUUUGAUUGUUGGGGAAUAGAUUUUAUGGGUCCAUUUCCUCCUUCAUUCGGAAAUUUGUACAUCUUAGUAGCUGUAGAUUAUGUCUCCAAAUGGAUUGAGGCAAUUCCUUGCAAACAUAAUGACCAUAAAACUGUUUUAAAAUUUUUAAAAGAAAACAUUCUUUCCAGAUUUGGAACGCCUCGAGCCAUCAUCAGUGAUGGGGGUUCACACUUCUGUAAUAAGCCUUUUGAGGCUUUAAUGCGAAAAUAUGGGAUCACCCAUAAAGUCGCCACCCCUUAUCAUCCACAGACAAGUGGACAAGUUGAAGUAUCCAAUCGAUCAAUUAAGAAUAUUCUGGAAAAAACGGUUAACCCAAAUCGCAAAGACUGGUCUUUGCGUUUAACUGAUGGAAUGACAUCGCUGCACUACAGGGAGUAA